AUGAAGAGCUUCACUGAUGCAAUCACCAUCAUCAAUAAGAAUAGAGAAAAUCAGAUCUUAGAUCUGCAGCAGAAGAUUGAAUGUUUACACAGACAGAUGACUACACUGAACCUGGAGAUUUCAUCACAAUUGUUCAUAACCUCUUCAGAAGUGUACACAUCAUCAGAGAUUACUGUGUAG